GAAGGAAAGUAUCAUCAUCAGCAUUAUCUCAGAUUGUUCAAGAGAGAUUACAUCUAUUCUUCUCCAUCAGUGAUUUUAUCCCAUCGACGUUUGACCCUUACAACUAAACAUGGCUUCCAAGAUAAUGAUGUUAAUCUUCACUGUUGUCAUGGUAACUGCCUUGGUAACUGCAGAAACUUUCAAUGAUCUCACCGAUGAUGAUCUUAAUGAGAUGGAAGCUCUGAUUUUCAAAAGAGCCGAUUCAAAUGAAGCUGACGUCGGAAUGGAGUUUGAUGACGAUCAAAUGGAAAAACGAGGGCGGGGGAAAUUCUUCCGCUGCACACAUCCAUUAAAUGGAUUUUCAUGUGUCUGUGAUAAGCGAUAUCGCAAAAGUAAUCCCAGAUACUACCGGGUAUGCGGACAUCAGUGAGAAGCCGAAUAUCCGACACUGGAAUGGACCGGCAUGAAACUCGGAUAUACGAGAAUCCAUGGACAGACAUCGAGAAUAAAUCAAUUC